AGCGAAUGAGAGUAUGGCGAUCACGGUGUCUGCAAUCUGAUUCAUCGCGGCUUUGGAAAACGGGUUUACGUGGAGUGAGGCGCUGUUCAGGGGACUUGUCGAUGAAAAGGAGGCGUUGUCGUAGAGACUCUGCAGGCGGACAGGGCUGGACAGGGGGAAGCAAGUUACAAAAUCCGUUGAUUUACUUUUGAGCGAGUUCUUCCCUAUCAAUACGCUAUUAUUUCUUCUCAUACAAAAUGGUUCAGCUUUGUGAACGAGAG